GAAACCCUUGAGUUCGAAAAAUGUCAGAGAAACUGAGCUGAGGUUAGGUAGGAAGUUACUUAGAAACUGUUUGUUUUCUUCAUCUUCUUCUUUCUUACUAUCUUCUCUCAUGAAUGCUCACAAAACCGAAGACGAUCUCUUCCAUCAUCACCACCAUGUUCUGGCCCCACAUCCCUUGAUCACUCAAUCUCAGCCCUCCAUUCAUAACCCCAAUCACGAUGACCCUCCUUUCUCUUCUCUCCCUGAAAUCGUACUGUUUCGAACCUCUUCCUACGACCCUCCAAGUCACUCUUCCUCCGAAAACGACGACGCAGUAACUAACAACAGCAACAAGGUGCCAAAUCAAUCCUCUGCGUACAUUAGCCCCGAGCCCCAUAUAUCGACUCAAUUCUAUACUUUCAACGCGGAAUCGCAUGCUUUGAUGAUCCGUUGCAUUUUGGAGCAACGGUUGGCUACUCCAGCCGAGAUCCGAGUCGCCACGCCCAGAGCCGUUCUUAAAUCGUGGCGUUCCGCGUGGAAGGACCGCAACGAGGAUACGGCGUACCUUACGGCGUGGAAACGCAUCCAGGAUAAGGUAUUGUCGCAAGAAGGCCAUUAGUGCUGUAACUUCAUACGUCAGAGUGGGGAGCUGAGUUUCUUCAUGCACCAAAGAAGAGGUUUACUGAUUUUGGUGUGUUAUAUUUCUGGAAUAUGUUGUAGGCAUCAUACAUGCGCUA